CCGCGCCGGAAGCCUCGCUGGUGGUGAGUUGGUGGUGGACUUGCCUGCGUGCCCUGUAAGACUGGCCGGGGAGUCGCCAUGGCGCCCAAAGGAAAGGUAGGAACUAAAGGCAAAAAGCAGAUAUUUGAAGAAAACAAGGAUACGCUCAAGUUCUACCUACGAAUCAUCCUGGGGGCGAAUGCCAUUUACGGAAUUGUCAACCUUGGGGUCUUCUACAUAACAGCCACCAUUUGGACAUGGGUUGCCUUUGUGUUCAGCUUGAUGGUCUAUGGGGCCAGCUACCAAUCCAUGAGGUCAAUGGCCAAGCCUACUUUUGGAGAGGGCGGCAGCCUCGCCGAUGGCGGGAUUGAUCUGAAUAUGGAGCAGGGAAUGGCAGAGUGAGUGUCAACACUACCUAAGUCCAGGUGAGCAGAUCCUGCUGCCUGAGCGCAUACGUAGUUUUCCUUCAUAGCUGUUCUGACCUAGGCUUCCCCCAAAAGCCGAGUCCUGGUCCCAACCAAACCCCUUUUAUUAAAU